AUGGCUCAGAACGCCCCAGAGAACUACGUGCCACUCUAUGCUACCCAGGACGAAUGGCAGGACAAAGAGCUUCAACAAUUUGCGAUUGACUUCUACCGCAUCUCGGACAACCCUGAAGAGAAUCAGCGUUGGGUAGACUCCUUCACGGAAGACGCAAGCGUGCAGAUUGGCGCUGACAAGGCGCGCGGCUCAAAAGAUCUGGUCGAAUUCCGAAGUCGGAUGUGGAAGCACAUCAAAGAGCGCAAACACACGGUUCACAAAGUCUUUCCUGGGCGUUUCUCAGACUCAAAUGAGUGCAUGAUCCUGGGAGACGUCAGCGUUACCACGACAGAUGGACGGCUCAAAGAGGCUGCUUGGUCGGCACAUGCAGUCGUCAGGAAGGUUGAUGGACAGUGGAAGUUUAGCCAAUACCGCGUCUGGCUGCAGACUGAUGGACAUCUGCUGUGA